UUUGCCAUGCCCCCCCUUCUCCCCCCCCCCCCCGUUUCCUCCUUCUCUCCAACAUUGUGCAGACCCAGGCGACUGCCAAAAUUUUCCAGCUGCCUCCAACUUCCUCAAUCCAGCGGCAUAAAAGAGCUGUGGAUGCGGCAGCUGCAUCCCCAGUCCAGGCUGCAGCACGCUCCCACUGACAGCAGGGCAGGAUGCUGGGGAUGUGGCCCACACUGCUGGUCCUGUUUGUCCCCAUGGUGGUGGCCCAGCUGCACCCUGAGCAGGCGCUGGAUAUCCAGUGGGACCUGUGGAAGAAAACCUACCGCAAGCAGUACAAUGGUGAGGCGGAUGAGGUGGCACGGAGGCUGAUCUGGGAGAAAAACCUCAAGUAUAUCAACACUCACAACCUGGAGCAUACACUGGGUGUCCAUACCUUUGAGCUGGCCAUGAACCACCUGGGUGACAUGACCAGCGAGGAGGUGGUGAGGACAAUGACGGGCCUGAAGGUUCCCCAGAGCCGCCCACACCGCAAUGAGACGCUCUACAUCCCUGACUGGACUGACAGAGCCCCUGCUGCUGUGGACUGGAGGAGGAAGGGCUACGUGACUCCUGUCAAGAACCAGGGUCAGUGUGGCUCGUGUUGGGCCUUUAGCUCAGUGGGCGCGCUGGAGGGGCAGCUGAAGCGGAAGACGGGGAAGCUGCUCUCGCUCAGCCCUCAAAACCUGGUGGACUGCGUGGCCAAUAACAAUGGCUGCGGUGGUGGCUACAUGACCAACGCCUUUGAAUAUGUCCGGCAGAACCGUGGCAUAGACUCGGAGGAUGCCUACCCCUACAUUGGCCAGGAUGAGAGCUGCAUGUACAGCCCCACUGGAAAGGCAGCCAAGUGCCGUGGCUAUCGGGAAAUUCCUGAAGGCAAUGAGAAAGCUUUGAAGAGGGCUGUGGCCAGGAUUGGACCUGUCUCUGUGGGCAUCGACGCCAGCCUGCCCUCCUUCCAGUUCUACAGCCGGGGUGUGUAUUAUGAUGAGAGUUAUGCUGAAAACAUCAACCAUGCAGUGCUAGCGGUGGGCUAUGGCACGCAGAAGGGCACCAAGCACUGGAUCAUCAAGAACAGCUGGGGUGAGGAGUGGGGCAACAAAGGCUACGUGCUCCUGGCACGCAAUAUGAACAACGCCUGUGGCAUCGCCAAUCUUGCCAGCUUCCCCAAGAUGUGAGAGCUCCCGGCCUGCUCCCUUCCUGUGCCCAUCAGGCUGCCCUGCCCUGCUUCUGUCUUCAGACUCACACCUUUCGUUCUCGGUCUCCGAAGCUGCUGUCGCUCCAGGGGCAUUGCUGCUUCCCCAUGAGAAAUCUCACCCAGGUGAGGGGCAAGUCCCCAGCCACAGAGAAACGCUGCCAUCAGCUCACCCCAGGCCCCAUCAGCAUGAUGUGUGCCCGAUGCCACCUUCCCGGAGCAGUGGAUGCUUGGGGCCAGGCUUGGUCAGCUCCAGGGAGGCUGAUCUGUCUGGAGACGAUUGUGCAAACUGGCCUGGUGCUGGUCUCUGCCUCUGGGAACCAGACGUGGACCUCCCUGUGCCGAGGGUGUGGAUCUGGCCCUCCUGCCCAUCUCCCCCUGCAUCCCAGGGGGCUGUGAAAAAUAUGAUUAUAUUUUUAAAAUAAACACUGUUGGGAAUAAA